GGGGGGGGGGGGGGGGAGCCAGAUGAGGCACAUCUGGACAGCUGCGCCGAGGAACUGUGCGGCCCCUUCGCGGGCCCGACGUCAGCUGAGCACGUCCCCCACGUCCUCUCCUGCUAGUCACUUUUAUUAUUCAUAUUCCCAAAGAAGCAACCGAGGAUCCAGUCUUAAAACUUUUUUUUCCGCUAAUUGAGACGGGGCCAGAUCUCAUCCCGCGCACAGUUUAAUUUUCAUGGGGCUCUGGGAUCAAAAGAACAGAAACAGCAACAACAAAAGCCCAGCCGCUGUCUGAUUUAAAACUGGCAAAGUGAGAAAAAUAGUGUUGAGUAAACAGACCGAGUUGGACAUGGGGAGUUUCAGAGGUCAUGCCCUCCCUGGAACCUUCUUCAUUACCAUGGGUAUUUGGUGGACCAUAAAGUGCACUCUGAAGUAUGCCUGCAAAAAGCACAAACGGACUUCCUACCUUGGUUCCAAAGCAUUAUUCCAUCGAAUGGAUAUUGUGGAGGGAAUUAUAAUAAUUUGUAUGGCUUUAACUGGCAUGCUUGGAGAGCAGUUUGUUACUGAAGGGCCCCACUUGGCUUUAUAUAACUAUAAAAAGGGCCAGUGGGUCCAACUCCUGAGCUGGCAUCAUUCCACCAUGUAUUUCUUCUUCGGGCUGGUGGGCGUGGCAAACAUCUUAAGGUUUAUCAUCAAUUCGUUUCCCAUUUCCUUAAUCAAAUUGCUGUUGUCGAAUGCCUUAUUUGUUGAGGCUUUUAUCUUGUACAACCACACUCAUGGCCGGGAAAUGCUGGACAUCUUUGUGCACCAGCUGCUGGUCUUGGCUGUCUUUGUGGCAGCCCUGAUAGGCUUCUUGGAGUUCUUUGUAAGGAACAAUGUCAUUGUGGAGCUUCUUCAGAUGACCUUUAUCCUGCUUCAGGGAAGCUGGUUCUGGCAGAUUGGUUUUGUCCUUUAUCCCCCUAGUGGAGGUCCUGCAUGGGAUUCAAUGGAUCAUGACAACAUUAUGUUUCUCAGCACAUGCUUUUGUUGGCAUUACACAUUACACAUUGUCAUUGUUGGAGUGAUUUAUGCCUUUGUUACUUGGUUGGUUAAAUCUCGACUUAAGAGGUUCUGCUCCUCAGAAGUUGGACUCCUGAAAAAUACUGAACGAGAACAAGAAUCAGAAGAAGAGAUGUGAUUUUGAGGGCCAUCUAGUCUUUCUGGAUGAACUUUUCUUUUUUGGAAUAUUUUUGUUCAUGGUUUUGUUUUUUGAUCUUUUGCUUGGAGAACAGGUGGCUGAGGAUGAUUCUUGGUGUAUUGUUUGUAUUUCCAAUUUGCUUGAAGUAUUUGAAUUCAAAUAUUUUGUUUUUAGAUUUGUAAGUACUUUGGAUGAUAAAUGCAUUUUGCACAUAAGUCAUGGUAUUUGGGGCCUGGAGUGACUGUUUCCAGAUGAUUUUAAGUCUGAUGCCCAUGCUAAGAAAAAUGUGUUAUUUACCUUAUAGAUAUGCUCAAGGUUCCUGGGCUUGCUAUCAUUUGUAAUUCAUUAAACAUGGAAUUACACUUGUUUAUCUUGUUGUUGCAAUGAGAAAUAAAGGAAUGCAGGAACCUUGGUUCAGACACCUCAA